GCCGAAGCUUGAAUGUGAAGAAGAAUGAUGCCAUUAAAGAGUCCACAGAGAGUAACACUAUCGAGGAUGAGGACUCUAAAGGCCGCAAACAAGAAAUUAUCAAAUUGACCGAACAACUGCUUCAGGCUAUUACCAGUGGUGACUAUGGGGAAUAUACAAAGUUGGUAGACCCCCACUUAACAUCAUUUGAACCUGAAGCGUUAGGAAAUCUUAUAGUUGGUCUGGACUUCCAUAAAUUUUACUUUGAUCAUGUACUGUCAAAAAAUAGCAAGCCUGUGAACACGAGUAUACUCAACCCCCAUGUACAUCUGCUGGGUGAGGAUGCUGCUUGUAUUGCCUACGUCAGGCUGACACAGUUAAUUGACAGAAAUGGACUGCCUGUUACAAAGCACUCAGAAGAGACCAGAAUUUGGCAGCGAAAGGAUGGAAAGUGGCAGAAUGUUCACUUUCAUAGGUCUGGCUCAUCUACAACAGAAACAGGGAAAUAA